CACUGCGUUUGACUCCCAUCACAGAGAAUCCCAAGUUCCUCUCUCCUCUCUCUUCCACCAUUGUAACUCCACGCACGAGCUUCUCUCUCUCUCUCUCUCUCUCUCUCAUCACAGUGAUCGCUGAUCAGUACCCGUUCGAGUUCGCGAGGAGCUAGCACAUGGCGGGCAGUGGGGUGUUUGCUGAAAUCAAAGACGGAGAUGGGGUGUUCCGCUACUACUCCGACGGCGAGUGGAAGGCUUCGGCUUCCGGAAAGUCCGUGCCCAUCAUCAACCCCACCACUCGAAACACUCACUUCAAGGUCCAAGCCUGUACACAAGAGGAGGUGAACAAGAUCGUAGAGUCAGCGAGGGCUGCGCAGAAAUUGUGGGCCAAGACUCCUCUGUGGAAGAGAGCUGAGCUCCUCCACAGAGCUGCGGCGGUCUUGAAGGAGCACAAGGCUCCGAUCGCCGAGUGCCUCGUCAAGGAGAUCGCUAAGCCCGCCAAGGACGCCGUCACCGAAGUUGUGAGAUCUGGGGACUUGAUUUCGUAUUGCGCGGAGGAAGGGGUGAGGAUUCUUGGGGAGGGGAAGUUUCUGGUGUCUGAUAGCUUCCCAGGGAAUGAGAGGACCAAGUAUUGUCUCACUUCUAAGAUUCCGCUGGGGGUUGUUCUGGCUAUCCCUCCUUUCAACUACCCAGUUAAUCUCGCUGUUUCUAAGAUUGCUCCUGCACUUAUUGCUGGAAACUCAAUAGUUCUGAAGCCACCGACCCAGGGUGCUGUUGCUGCACUUCACAUGGUGCAUUGCUUUCACUUGGCUGGCUUCCCAAGAGGUCUCAUCAGUUGUGUAACAGGAAAAGGUUCUGAGAUUGGCGACUUCCUCACAAUGCAUCCUGGUGUCAGUUGUAUCAGUUUCACAGGUGGGGACACUGGAAUAGCUAUCUCUAAGAAGGCAGGCAUGAUCCCGCUUCAGAUGGAACUGGGUGGAAAAGAUGCUUGUAUCAUUUUAGAAGAUGCUGAUUUAGACUUGGGUGCGGCUAAUGUUGUCAAGGGAGGUUUCUCUUAUAGUGGUCAAAGGUGCACCGCAGUGAAAGUUGUAUUGGUUAUGGAAUCUGUAGCUGAUGAACUUGUCGAGAAAGUGAAUGCUAAAGUGCGGAAAUUGACUGUGGGAGCUCCUGAGGAUGACUGUGAUAUAACUCCAGUUGUGACGGAGUCUUCAGCCAACUUCAUUGAAGGGUUGGUGAUGGAUGCCAAGCAGAAAGGAGCGACAUUUUGUCAAGAGUACAGGAGGGAGGGUAAUCUCAUUUGGCCUCUAUUAUUGGAUCACGUUCGACCCGAUAUGAGGAUAGCAUGGGAGGAGCCAUUCGGUCCAGUUUUGCCGGUCAUCCGAAUUAACUCCGUCGAGGAAGGAAUUCACCAUUGUAAUGCUAGCAACUUCGGUCUUCAGGGGUGUGUCUUCACAAGAGAUAUAAACAAGGCGAUACUGAUUAGCGAUGCAAUGGAGACGGGAACUGUUCAGAUAAAUUCUGCCCCAGCUCGAGGACCUGAUCACUUUCCUUUCCAGGGCUUGAAGGACAGUGGAAUUGGUUCACAAGGCAUUACCAACAGCAUCAAUAUGAUGACGAAGAUCAAGAGCACUGUUAUCAAUUUGCCCACACCUUCAUAUACGAUGGGCUAAUCGGUCGGCAGCCGCAACUCGUGGGUCGGAGCAGAUGAUGUUCAUCGCCUUGUACUUGAUUGUAAAUGCAUCGGCGGCUCCAAAACUAUAGCUAUCGUUGAGCCUGUAAUCAUACCAGUAAUCACGGUGAAUAAUAUAUAUUAGCAGUGACUACUUACAAUGCUGUCCAACAAAAUUAUGGGGAUAAUUAUAUAAAAGAAAUAGCUAUCAAU